UUAAAAUUUAGAAAACAAAUUAUGUAAAGGCAUAAGGCAAUGAUCUUGUUCGUCAAAUUUACAAGAUUAUGUGAUCAAAUGACCAACAAUACUUGCUUAUAUUUACUCUAUGGUUCUUAUUACUUCUUAGAUCCCAAUGCUUUAAUACCACAAAUCAUCAAACACACAAAUCAAAAACCUCUCCAAAACCCCAGAUUAUUCCUUCCAAGAAAGCUCUCAACCCAUUUCCAUGGCGUCCACCCUUCUUUACUUCUCCCUCCUACUCAUUCUUCCCACCGCAUACACCACCACACCACCACAAAACACCCAAUUCGACGCCAUUAUCGACGCAAUAGUAGGUGCCGGAGAUUUCAGCAACUGGGCUAAUCUUCUUUCUCAAACCGACACUUCUCUUUUUCCUCUUUCCGCCACACUUUUAAUCCCUGAUAACGACGCUUUUGUUUCCGACGCUUCUCCCCCAUCAACCUCAUUUUCUCUCAAUUUCGUAGACCCUCUUCUUUUUACUUACCACAUUAUUCCUCGUCGCUUUACUUUCUCUGAACUCCUACUCUUUCCUAUCGGCGCUCGUCUUCCCACGCUUCUUCCUGAAAAUACUCUUCUCAUCACCAACAAUUCCGUCACUAAUUUCACCAUUAAUGGCGCUUUAAUCUCGCGUCCUGACCUCUUUCACUCAUCUAUCAUGUCUGUUCAUGGCGUCUCUCGUGUUCUUGAUUACACCCAGUUCGGUAAAGUUGUUUUAUCGCCCGAGAGUUCACCCGUCAGCCAAAACCCAAACCCGGAUUUGAAUUUUUUGGAAGUUGAGAAAAAUGCUGGGUCGAGUAUUUGUGCGAAUCAGGGUACACAAUUCUGGGUAUUGUGGUUCAUAGUUCAUGUUUCAUUGUUCUUGAUUACACCCAUCUCGAUAAGUUUGUAAUAAUGGCGGUUUAGAAUGUGCUAUAAUAGGAAUUCUUCUUUCUAGAAUUCAUAUUUCAAGCAAUGUUCAAAUUAGGAAUUCUUUCUGUAAUAGUGAUGUUUAGACUAGAAAUAAA